UAUUUUAUUUGUUUUCUAUAUGUGGUGUAGAUGCAUAAUAUAAAUACACGUACACCCACAGUGCUGUCUGCCUCCCUCACGUUUUGUAUUCGGAUAUCGGCGCCGGAAUUUGAUCAGAAUUACACAGAAGCAGGAGAGAGGAGAACAUCAACUUAUCGACCAUGUCACUGCCGGCGCAGACGGAGGUUGCGAACAAUAACCUAGGAAAGCGAGCUUCGAAGAACAGGAACUCUAACUGGACAAAACAGAGCAGAAGAAGAGCGAGUCUGAAGUGGCGGGGACUGGAGAUGGCCAUAAAGAGGACUCGCAGUCGCAGAGCCUCUUCCAAGAGUCUUAGUAUUGAAGAAAUAAAUGCAAAUCUUAACCUCUUCGAGGCGGAAAUGGCAGAAAGGAAGCCUCAACGAGGCUCAUCGGAGAAAAUAUUAGCGGAUUUCCAACGCCUGGAACGAGACGUGGCAGACCUGAGAGGACGAAAGCGUUCGGAGGCAGAGCAUCAAAAAAAGACGUUCAAGGCGUUGGAGGAAGAGGAAAAGGACAUUGCUCGGAAGAGAGCAAUCAACAGGGGCUUAAUCCUCUUAUGGUCGCGUUGCACUUGGUUUCUUUUGUUAUCAGUCGUCUUGUUAUCAGUCAUCGGAUUCAAGACAUCAGAUAGAGGAAGGGACAGUUUUUUCCGGCCAGUUGAAGAUAUACCGCCUGUUUGGUACAAAGGAAGCCAAAGCGGAUCAGUUGACUGAGCCGCUUUCAGCUUCACCUGCACUAAGACUUUGUUUGGCAGAGCAGAAAAUUGGAUUUUCAAUGCUAACGGAAAUAUUGUAAAAAAUAUAUUGAGCUUAAAGCUGUAAAAUAUGUUGUGAGGUGUUUGGCGAAUUAAAAAUUGACGCUAGCUGAAAUGCACUUGAAUUAAAGUAUUAUAAUAUUAGAUUUUAUAA